CCCACACCAGUCAACAUGAAAAUUAUACUUCUAUCAACAUUUGGCAAGAAGAGAAACCCUGGGCUGAAAAUUCCUAAAGAAGCGUUUGAACAACCACAGACAAGCUCUACGCCCCCUAGAGAUUUAGACUCCAAAGCCUGCAUCUCUAUUGGCGAGAAGAACUUUGAAGUGAAGGCUGAUGACCUGGAGCCAAUCUCUGAACUGGGCCGAGGUGCAUACGGGGUGGUGGAGAAGAUGCGGCACAUGCCUAGCGCACAGAUCAUGGCGGUGAAGCGGAUCCGAGCCACAGUGAAUAGCCAGGAGCAGAAGAGGUUACUGAUGGACUUGGACAUCUCCAUGAGGACGGUAGACUGCCACUUCACAGUCACUUUCUAUGGUGCACUCUUUCGAGAGGGAGAUGUGUGGAUUUGCAUGGAGCUGAUGGAUACCUCAUUGGACAAAUUCUACAAACACGUCAUUGACAAAGGCUUGACGAUUCCUGAAGACAUCUUAGGGAAAAUAGCCGUCUCUAUUGUAAAAGCACUAGAACAUCUACAUAGUAAGCUCUCCGUAAUUCACAGAGAUGUAAAGCCCUCUAAUGUGUUGAUCAAUACACUGGGGCAGGUGAAAAUGUGCGAUUUUGGAAUUAGCGGUUACCUCGUUGACUCUGUUGCUAAAACCAUGGAUGCAGGAUGCAAGCCCUACAUGGCUCCUGAAAGAAUCAACCCCGAGCUAAACCAGAAGGGAUACAGCGUCAAAUCGGAUAUCUGGAGUCUGGGAAUCACCAUGAUCGAGCUGGCGAUCCUGCGGUUUCCGUAUGACUCCUGGGGGACGCCGUUCCAGCAGCUCAAACAGGUGGUGGAGGAGCCGUCGCCGCAGCUUCCGGCGGACAAGUUCUCAGCAGAGUUUGUUGAUUUUACCUCACAGUGCUUGAAGAAGAAUUCCAAAGAACGGCCAACAUACCCAGAGCUUAUGCAACACCCUUUCUUCACCCAGCACGAAUCCAAAGAGACAGACGUGGCUUCUUUUGUAAAACACAUCCUGGGAGACUGAGAAAUGGACUUGUACAUGAUUUGCCCUUCUGUGGACUGACUCCAAGCUGUUUUGAUUGAUUGUCUUCAGCUGCAGCAAAAGUCCAGCCAGCCAGCUUAUAGAGCUGGUUCCAGCGUCAGUUCUCACUUGAAAAACAUGACAUUUAAAACCAGCCUUUGGUUUUCCUGCAUAUGGAUCUGAUGCUUUCGUUAAAGAUCGGUUUUGCCUCGUUUCUCUUGGAUAUAAGUCUCAUUUGGAUACCACAUUCCCUUGACCUCAAGCACCUUUAUUCCAGUGCCAUGGUAACUGACGGGUUGAAUUUAUGUGAUACCGUCAAAGAUCAGUAUUAACAGCAGAUACUAAUAUCCUCAGCGUUUUCCAACAGAAAACUAAUGUCAGUGUUGUAUGCAGUUAGCAACCCUAUAAACUGAAUCGUGCAUGGCUCAACACUACAGGUCGAGUGUUUUCUUUUAUGCUUUUUACUCUUGUGAUGUUUGGUUCAUCCAAACUCUUCUUAGUUUAAUGACAUUAAAACAAAAAAGAAGGAAUAUUGAAAAGAAACAGUCACCCCAUUCCUCUGUCUGAUGUUCAAAAGCCUGAGUCUCUGCUGCCUUUCACCUUGGGUAGGUGAUUCACUUGAAUCAUUGCAGAUGACACCAUACGGGUGGUGUGACUGGGAAAUUCUGGUUGAGCAGCAUUAUGCACCCAUUUUGCCCAGUAUAAAUGACCGUGCUAGGUGUGGGUGAGUGGAGAAAUCUGAUUUGCUCUGUAUCUCCGCAUCCAUCUUGGGCAACUAUCAAAACAAAGCUUGUAAUAUCUGGGGAUCAUUUGACACCUGCUAUAAGUACUGUACCACAGGUAGCCUUGGAGGAAGCAUGACCUAGUGGUGUGAGCACAAGUCUGGGAGCCAGGAUUCCUUAAGCGCUUAGAUUACCAUUGUGAUGGCUCUUUUACUAACACUGUGGUAGUGGGCAGGUGUGUAAUCUCUGCUGUGGUUUCCCCAUCUGUAAAAAUAGAGAUAACUCCACCUGCCAAGAUGAGUGUGUUGAGGGUUAAUUGUGUGGCUCAUGCAGUGAAGGUAAUAACUGGAGAUAUACCAAUCUCCUAGAACUGGAAGG